UGUAGCAUGUCCGAGAUCCGGAAUGUGUUUUUUAAGUACACCAUUCUUGUCUCCUCCCAAAGCUUCAUCUCUCCCAACCAAUUAUCAUAUUUUUAAAAGAAUAUCUUUUUAACAAAAAAUCUAAUAAUAUUAUUAUAAAAAAAAAAAAAAAUUCAGCCUCGUUCUUCUCCCUCUGUCUCUCUCAUCUUUGCUCAAGCUUUCUUCCUUCCCAUGGCAACUCUCUCUCAAGUCAUUAUCUAGCUUUCCUCUUUUUUUAUUAUUACUUCUUUUACACUUCUUUAUAUGGACAUUGGGACUCAUGUUCCCGGGUCGGUUACUAGUAACGUAAACGGGUCACCAGAUCUGAAAGAAGACAGAUCCGGUUUGCCACGAAGUUCCAAGCUAUCAAGAACAACAACAACAGCAAUGGCUGAAGAAGACAAGAGCUUGUCUUCCCCUUACAGCAAGUCGUUGGGGUUCCCACUUGCGAGAUCUGCUUCUGACUCUCUCCGACAAGAACAUAUGCUUAGCUUCUCAGACAAACCAGAAGCUCAAGACUUCAGUAAAUAUGUCUGUUUGGAUAACAAGAACUCUCUCUCACCGUUUCUCCACCAGUUCCCACCUCCUCAAUAUAGAAGCUACUCAGGAGGAGGAUAUGGUUGUGGUGGGAUGAUGAUGGGCAUGCAAGGGAAAGGACCUUUUACAUUGUCUCAAUGGGCUGAGCUAGAACAACAGGCGUUGAUCUUUAAGUAUAUCACAGCCAAUGUCCCUGUUCCUUCUAGUUUGCUCAUCUCUAUCCAAAAGUCCUUUUACACUUAUGGAUCUUUGCCUCCUACCUCUUUUGGAUGGGGAGCUUUCCAUCUAGGUUUCGCAGGGGGUAACAUGGAUCCUGAGCCAGGGAGAUGCCGUAGAACAGAUGGGAAGAAAUGGAGGUGCUCACGAGAUGCUGUUCCUGAUCAGAAAUACUGUGAAAGACACAUCAACAGAGGCCGUCACCGUUCAAGAAAGCUUGUGGAAGUCCAAUCUAACCAGACCGCGUCCGCUGCAGCUGCGUCCAAAGCGGUUACAACGCAGCAACAUUCCGUGGUUGCUGGUGGUAUUAACAAUAGAGUCCAGAGUCAGGUAUAUCCAUCCACGGUUAACUUGCAACCCAAGGAAUCUCCUAAACAGAGAAACAACAACAGCUCUUAUGAGUUUGGACACAUUUCCUCUGAUUCACUGCUCAACCCUAACUCGGCAAAGAGCUUACUUGGAUCAACGUACUUGGAUUUUAGCAGCAGCCAGGAUAAGCAACAUGGCAAUCACAGCCACAGCACUUGGCCUGAAGAGCUGAAGUCAGACUGGACGCAGCUCUCAAUGUCAAUUCCGGUAGCAUCAUCGUCUCCUUCCUCCACACACAUCACCGGCGAAGACAAAACCACUCUGUCACCUCUCAGGCUAUCUCGCGAGUCCGACCUUUCCGAGCAGGAAACACUCAAAAAGGUGAAUACAUGGAUACCAAUCUCAUGGGGAAACUCCUUAGGAGGUCCUCUAGGGGAAGUACUCAACAGCACAACGAAUAGCCCCACGUUGGGUUCUUCUCCAACAGGGGUUUUGCAAAAGUCUACGUUUUGUCCACUCUCUAACAGUAACGGCAGCCCCAUUGCAGAGAGCAACAACAGAAACACCGGUGGUGACUACUUCCGUUACACUACCUGAGGAGGAAGCUUUUGUUCUUAUUUAUUUAUCUUGAACUCUUGUUUCUUGGUGCAUUGCUUUGUUCUUUUGUGUUUCUUUCUAUGCAUAAUGCUGACCUGAUAUAAUCACAACCAUGAUUCUUUUGGUCAGAUCCUUUUUAGGGUU